CCACAGUUGAACCAUAUAAUCAGGUUCAAAUAUUUCUGUAUAUAAUGGGUAUUUGAAUAUGUGUCAUAUAUGGAUGAAUUUUGGUCCAUACCGAUGAUAUGACUGUUUGAAAUUCAGACUCUCGCAGCAGGCGGGAUUUCAUGAUGGCGCGAAAUUUAAAUUUAUUACAAGAUGGCGGACGGCAGUGACAAAGAAAACGAUGGAAUGGGUUGUCAUCGGAAUCUUACUCCAAAUCGGGACGUUUUAGCACCACGUAGCGACGUUGUUUGUAGAAAUGAUAAGGUUGUGUUUGUACAUAGUCAGAUGUAUGUAGAUUUGUGCAAUAAUCUCGCCAAAGUACCAGGAAGGGCAAGUGCAGUUCAUGGACUGAUAGAAGCCUAUGGGUUGACAAAGGAACUUAGACUUGUAGAACCCCGGCCGGCCACUGUUGCAGAGCUGACAUCAUUCCACUCUACAGACUACAUCCACCACCUGAGGAAGGCCAGUGCAGAGGAGGAUGAGGAGAAAGACAUUGAUGUGUCAGAGGAGUUUGGACUUUGCUACGACUGUCCCAUCCUCCCUGGGGUGUAUGAGUAUGCUGCCAUGGUUGCCGGGGCAACCCUGACCGCGGCCCAAUGUUUGAUAGAUGGAGAGUGUCAGGUUGCCAUCAACUGGCACGGCGGCUGGCACCAUGCUAAAAAAGAUGAGGCAUCAGGUUUCUGCUAUGUGAAUGAUCCUGUACUGGCUAUCCUGAGACUCAGGGAAAGGUUCAGUAAAGUGCUGUACAUAGACCUGGACCUACAUCAUGGGGAUGGUGUAGAAGAUGCUUUCUGUUGUACAUCUCGAGUCAUGACUCUCUCUCUGCACAAAUUUGACACUGGAUUCUUCCCAGGUACAGGAGAUAUCCAAGAUACAGGGAUGGGGAGGGGCAGAUACUACACAGUCAACGUGCCACUCAGAGAUGGGAUUCAGGACUCUCAGUACUUCAGUGUGUUUAACAAAGUUGUGAGCCAGACUGAGAGCAGCUACAGACCAGAGGCUGUGGUGUUGCAGCUGGGGGCGGACGGGAUGAGUGGGGACCCCAUGGGGUGUUUCAACCUGACCCCCCAGGGAUUGGGGAGGUGCCUGGAACUGGUGCUGGACUGGAAACUCCCAACUCUUCUACUGGGUGGUGGUGGUUAUCAUGUAGGAAACACUGCGCGCUGCUGGACCUCUCUAACAGCACAGGUUCUGGGCAAGUCUCUACCUCCGGACAUACCUGAACAUGAGCACUUUACAGAGUAUGGUCCAGACUAUGAACUGGGCAUCUCCCCCGGCAACCGUGUCAAUCACAACUCAGAUGAGUACAUUGAGGAGGUGAUCAACACUGUUUCAGAAAACCUGGCUCAUGUGAUGUGAAAACCUGUUUGUCAGUUGCCAAAGUCGCCAAUGCUGAUCUUUACCAGGAUGAACAGUAACAACUUUGUCUGACUGAUGAUGUUCAAACUCGAGUGCUUGUUAUUCAACACGUAUCAAAGAGACAUGUUUACACAGACUGUGGAAAAUAAAUUUUUAUUUGUGUUCUAUGAGUAAAAACAUGAUUUACCUGUUAAGUAGGAACAAGCAAUAGUUUUAUUCAAUGCUUAUAAAGCUACAGUUAACAAGUCCAAGUGCACAUUUUAUAGUUUUAUUUUGAUAUGCCAUGAUAAAGUUUUAUUCUCUCUGUGUAAAUACUCUGCCUGUUUUAUACUGUUGCUUGUUUUAUACUGUUGCAGCAUUUUCUAAUAAAGGUUAUAAGUUUUUUACAGUAAA